AUGGCAAAUGAAGUAAAUAUUAUAAGGACAAGAAUCCGAUUUGUAAAUGAGUUUAACUACUUCGAACUGUUUUCGGAACAUCCGUUCACAGUAAUCUCCUGUGAAUCCUUUACGGGUAGUGCUGCCCCAUCGCAGCAGUCAUUCCCUAUUUGUGCUAAAAAGAGUGAUGGUGCGUCGAGUGAUUACGUUGCGGUUUUGUGGGCGUUGGAACCGGAUUGCGAGUAUUGUGUGUCAUUAAGUUUUUCUGGCGAAGAUAAAGCUGUGCAAAUUCUCGUAAGGACAAAACCCAUUUUCGGGCCCAUGAUUAUGUGCAAACCAUCUGCUGUUAUUCACCCUGACCAACCCUUCUCUGAUGACUUUCUUGAGUGUGUGCAAGCUCAGAAGGAAAACUACAUGUUUAUAGAGAAGCCCACAAAGUCGGUCCAGGAACUUCUUAUGCUCCUGUUUUACCACUCUCUUUUUGCGCUUCCGUCUGAGAUCUGUGGUGUCAAUAUAUUUGUGCUUCCAAACGGCAAGGACGGUCGCUUCUGUAUUGACCUUCGUUACCAAGGUAUUGAGUGGAGGAGAAACAAAAAGAUUCGUCGUCUUGUUGCAAGCAAUAAAUUCGCGAUUGUGGUGAAUCGUAAUAUUGGUGAUUCACUGCGUUUGGCGCAGGAAUAUCACUCAGGUCCACCGAAUAGUACGUGGUUGGAUGAUGAUUAUGUCGCCCUACUCGCUGACAUGGCAAAAUCACCUAAGUUUGGUGUACGUAUAAUGUGUGUGGAACUGUUGGAAAAAAGUACCAGUAAGGUGAUGGCUGGUUGUUUGGGUUAUGCUCUUGGAUCUGUGUAUCAUGAUUUCACAAUGUUUACGCUUGAACGAUCUGCUGAGGGGUUCGGAACUAUCUUAACAAAGCUAUUGGGUGAGUCGCUACAGAGGUGCGGUUACGACUUGUGGUAUUGGGGAUUCCGCAUAGACUACAUGAAACAAUUUGAGGGAAAAUACGGUGGAAAGAUUAUUCCAAAGCCAGAGUUCCUGCAACGCUGGACGCAGUACCGAGACAUACAGCCCGCUUGUACUGUGGAUGAGUACAUUUAUUCUGGGAAAAGUUGGCUACCGUAUGCGGUAUGA